GACUGAAUUCACCGCAAAGAUGCAAAUCUUUGUCAAGACCCUCACGGGGAAGACGAUCACCCUCGAGGUGGAGUCUUCCGACACCAUUGACAACGUCAAGGCCAAGAUCCAGGACAAGGAGGGUAUCCCCCCUGACCAGCAGCGACUGAUCUUCGCCGGCAAGCAGCUGGAGGACGGCCGAACCCUUUCGGACUACAACAUCCAGAAGGAGUCGACUCUUCACCUUGUGCUUCGUCUGCGAGGAGGAGCCAAGAAGAGGAAGAAGAAGCAGUACACUACCCCCAAGAAGAUCAAGCACAAGAGGAAGAAGGUCAAGAUGGCCGUCCUCAAGUACUACAAGGUCGAUGCUGACGGAGCCCUCAAGCGUCUCCGCCGAGAGUGCCCUUCGCCCGAGUGUGGCGCUGGUGUAUUCAUGGCCUGGCACAAGGACCGUCAGUACUGUGGAAAGUGCCACCUGACCUACCUCUUCACCCCCGGAGAGAAGCCCCCUACCGCUUAAGCGUGUGGAUGGCGGUCUAGUGCACAACUUCCUCCUAGCAGUACUGUCUGCUGAGGUGGAUUGUCGGAGAGCGUAGUCAAGUCAUACGAGGGCACACUGUCAUCGUCGCUUUUCAGCAUUCCCCCUCUCUUUGCGUCGCAAUGCAAUCUCAUGCUUCGUAGAGUACAUACAUCAGUGUGAAUAGGUGUCUU